GGGUUCGGCAAAUUGGAGCUCGCUAAUCGUAAGAAGAGGUCAGUAGUGCAGUUUAGCCACUCGUAUAAGAGCAGCUCGUAGAUCAGUAACUCCAUUAAAGUAGAUCAACGUUGCACGGUGUCACCAUGAACGUGGUAGUGAUACCGUUCUUCCUAGCCGCGCAUCUCACCGUGGACGAGCCGUGGGAACAUGGGCCGGAGUACAGGUUUCAGGUGCUGGUGAACUCGACGGCGAUCCCGGAGGAGGGCAUCUACGGCAGCAUGCGGCUGAAUCUGGAGUCGAAGCUGAUCUGCCAGCCGAAGGGCGGGACGACGCUGAGCUGCCACUUCGAAAACUCGACGGCGAUCAGCUUCGUGACGGACAGCCUGGACCCGAUGGAGGCGGCGGCGCCGAGCGGUCGCGUGAACCGGCAGUUCGCCUAUGAGAUCAACGAGGACCAGUUCGAGAUCAAGUUCAACGAGCGCGGCCUGGACGGUCUGAUGGUGAACGAGAACAUACAGCCGCGCGAGCUGGACAUGAUACGAAUGAUCGUCGGCCAGCUGAGCAUAGGCGCGUCGUUCGACGGCCCCUUCGGCAACGACAUGGCCUUCGAGGUGAUGGAGAAUUUCACGCAGGGCGAGUGCUUCACGACCUUCAAGAUCGACAAGAAGCUGACGGUGCGCUCGUUGUACGCGAGGCGCAACACCUACGCGCUCAGGCCGGCGUUCGGGCUGAAGGAUGGCAGGCUCGCACAGAUCCGGAAGACGCGGAACUUACAUAUGUGCGCGCACAAAGUGCCGUACUUCUUCGGCAGCGCCGAGAGCUUCAGGGAGGAGAGCGAUAUCAUAUCAGAUGUUAACCUCAUGGAGAGUGAAAUCAUCAUAUCAUCGACCGACUUCGUAUCCCGCAUGUCGAAUAUUAUAAUAACUAGCAAAGUGACCGAGGCGGUGACGACGAGCCUUCAUGAAAACGUGUGGCUCAGACUCGAGUCGAUCAAGCGUGCCGAGAGCGAGCCGCCGAUUGUGCAGGAAGCCGAACCCGCCAGUAUCUUCAUAGGUAGAUGGUUAUUCGAUGACUCGCUCGAGGAAGAUAAUUAGCCUUAUCACGAACGGUCGUCUUAUCGCGUAUCAGCAAUAUCGACUCUCGUAUUGCGCACGAAGAAGUUUGAUGAAGCACGAAAUUGAGAAAUGCUUCGUUGCAAAGUGACUUAGCAAUUUCAUUUCAUUUUUAUUUACUGCGUAAAUUUAGAGGGAAAGUUGCAACGAUGCAUUUUUAUAUUUAAUUAAUUUCAAGGAUUAUCCUACACGCGUGAAUGCGGUCUCUGGGAUAAUUAUAAAUUAUAUUAUUAACUGUUAUUAUUGAUUAAUAAGAGGGAAAUUGUUACAAAGUGCUGAUAUUUUAAUAUGUGACAGCACAGUGAUAACACAAUUUUAUCUCUUGUACAAUAUUCAGAGAGUGGUUGAUUUUAUGAGAAAUAAAAAGUUAUACAAU